UGAAUUAUUAAGAAACGACCGAUAUCUUGUAUUCUAAGCGAGUAAAACUGUAAUAUACGCAUACAUUGGUAAAAUCUAGGAAUUAGAAUUCAGCUAGCAUUAACUCAACAUGCUUGUAUUUAAAAGUACCAACAUCCUUUGGAAACUGUUCUUUCUUCUAAUUUUUUGCUAUGCAGCAUGCCAAGCUACGCCAUCUGUAUCUGAAACUCUUGAAGAAAUUUUGAAAGACUACGAUGAAAAGGCGUAUCCUUCGCGCGACGGAGAACGUGUUAAUGUUAGUGUCCAAAUUCAUAUUGAAGAUAUGAUGCCAACAGAAAGAAAAGCAAUGCAUUACUCAGUGUCCAUGUAUUUUCGUCAAUUUUGGAAAGAUUAUCGUCUCGCGAUGAAUGUCACAGAUUAUCAGAAUUAUACAAAGCUAGAGAUAUUAAGUUGGGAAUUCUCGGAAAAAAUAUGGACUCCUGAUUUGUACUUUCCGUUGGGUAGAGAAGGAAAAAGGCAUGAUCUUGUUGAACCAAAUGUUUUAAUAAGAAUCGGGUUAAAUGGUUUUGUGUUUUUUAGCCAAAGAUUGACGAUAACAUCGUUUUGUCCGAUGGAUCUAAGAAACUAUCCUUUCGAUAUACAAAAAUGUGAAUUUCGAAUAGAAUCAUACGCAUAUUCAAAUAUUCAUCUGCAGCUGGAUUGGAACAACGAUUCCGGGGGUCCAAUAUUUCAGCCCAAAGACAAGAGCAUGGGAGAAUAUACUUUCGAUCAUUUUACAUACGAAAAAAGAAUAGUUGAUUACAAUAUCACAGAUAAUUUUGAUAGUCUGGUGAUUACAUUUCAGUUCUCCCGGAAUGUCUACUAUUUCAUUUGGAAUAUGUACACACCUUGUAUAAUGAUCGUUACGUUGUCCUGGGUUAGUUUCUGGAUCAAUUACCGCUCGAUACCUGCAAGAGUCUCAUUGGGAAUAACCACUGUAUUGACAAUGGGAACGUUAGGGAACAACAUUCGCAAUGCAACUCCGACAGUGAGCCAUACAAAGUUGAUCGAUUACUAUGUCAUCUUAUGCUUCUUUUACGUAUUCGCCGCGUUAAUCGAGUUUGCUUUUGUCGGCGUCACUGAUUUACACUGGAAGAAGUACGAAAGAAAACGUUCUUCGAUUUACAAGAAAGGAAAGGGUGACAACUCAAUGAGUUCAUACAGUAAUAAUGGAUAUUCAGAUGCUGAAGAACGUGGAGUUGAAAACGGAGAUGGAAGAAGAUACGACGGGGACAAAAAUGCUUCAAAGCGAAAUGCGAAAAGACGGGGCGUUAUGUUUGCGCCCGAUACGGAUGUCUUAAAUGAAUCUUAUCAUGGUGUUCUUAAAAGAAAACAAAAAAAAGGAACCAUUAAAAAAACUACUCAAGCUGUGGUGAAGAAAUUUUUCAAAAAACAUGAACAAAAUGAAGAUAUUCACUUCAUAGACAAGUGGAGUCGAGUUGCUUUUCCAUUAAGCUUUCUUCUUGCGAAUAUAAUAUACUUUGUUAUCUGCUUGAGAAGAGAGUGAGAAAUGAACGUGUUAUGAAUUGAAAUUUUUGAGUAUUGGAAUUUGGUACUGAAAUAAAGGAGGUGCCACAACUGGAAUUUUUAUUUUAAAGGAGAAGCCGCCACCGCUGUAGAAGCCUAAAAGUUUUUACCAAAAUGUUAAGAAUAUUUAUAUUAAAGCCAUGUAAUUCUCCCUCUUUACAGAAAAUUUAUUUAUAGUUGGAUGAA